UCACUCCCUUAAGUUUUCCCUCCUUUCAAUUCCUAACAUAACAUAACACUUUCCUCUCUCUCUCUCUUCCCCCUCAACGUGGAUUGACCCUGGUCUUCAUAAAUUUCAAUCAAAAUAAACAAGAACAAGAACAAUAAUUUUGCCGAGAAAGUUUGAUAAAAAAUUGCCGAGAAAGUUUCCGAGAAAACUAGUGAAAUACUGGAUUCCACACUCAGAAAAUCCAGUAAAGUAAAGAUGAAACACAUUUUCAAGAAGCUCCACAUAGGGAGCAACCACGAGCCCAAUCGAUCGUCCACCGAAGGUUCGACCUCAACUUCAAUUCCUGUUACUUCGUUAUCAUGUUCUUCCGAUCACCGUACCGCCUCCACUCCGCAAUCCGCCAAUUCUCCCGGGAGUCCUUCGUCUUCGCCCUCCCCGUCGCCGGCUUCCACUGUCAGCACUGUGAGCACCACCACCAACACCAACACCAACACCAACACCAACACCAUUCCACCGUCAACGGCUGCGAAUCGGUCCGACUAUAUGUCUUCCGAGGAGGAGUUCCAGUUUCAACUUGCCCUGGCAAUCAGCGCUUCGAAUUCGGAAAUUCGCGAUGAUCCUGAGAAGGAUCAGAUCCGAGCCGCGACGAUCUUGAGCUUGGGAAAUCAUAAGAUCGAGUCGGCGAGGGAGAAGGACGAGGCUGCUGCAGAGGCCCUGUCGAAGCACUACUGGGAGUACAAUGUGCUUGAUUACGAGGAGAAAGUGGUUGAUGGUUUUUAUGAUGUGUAUGGACACCCCACAGAAACAGCAAUUCAAGGAAAAAUGCCAUCUCUAACAGAUCUUGAAACAAGCAAUGGGAGUUCUGGCUUUGAAGUUUUAUUAGUCAACCGAACCAUUGAUCCUGCUUUGGAAGAGUUAAUUCAAAUUACACAAUGCAUUGCUGUAGACUGUCCUGUUAGCGAUGUUGGCAUUUUGGUUCUGAGGCUUGCUGAACUUGUUGCGGGACAUAUGGGUGGCCCUGUUAAGGAUGCUAAUGUCAUGUUGGCUAGGUGGAUGGAAAGAAGUAUGGAGUCGAGGCAAUCUCUACAUACAAGUGUGUUACCUAUUGGGUCUAUAACUAUUGGCCUCUCAAGACACCGUGCUCUGCUUUUUAAGGUAUUAGCAGACAAUAUCAAAAUGCCUUGUAGACUUCUGAAGGGUAGUCAUUAUACAGGUGUUGAGGAUGGUGCUGUGAAUGUAAUAAAGCUGGAGGAUGAAAGGGAGUUUUUGGUUGAUCUCAUGGCAGCUCCUGGAACACUUAUACCAGUUGACGUCCCAAAUGCAAAAGAUUCUACAUAUAGACCAUUCAAUCCAAGCAUAAGCAAAGUUCCGGCUCGCUAUUCCUUAAACAAUACUGGAGUUGCUUAUUCCACACAAAAACCUUUCCAAGGUGAGGGCAGCAGCCACAAUCCUAUGAUUGAAAGUAGUUCAGUACAAGAUGGAAGACCAAGACCAAUUGAAUCUGUGCCUGCAAUUUCAGAUUCAAGUGUUGACAACAGUGUCGGUUCUUCUAGAGUAUCCAAUAAAGCAAGUCCUUCUAAUCAAUUGGAUAAUUUUUCAUCAGCAGCCAUGGGGAAUACUCACUAUAAAGGCAGUCGUGGAGCUCAUGCAGUUGAUGGUGGUGUGAGGAUGAAUAUUAAUGUAGUUCCAUAUAAUCAAAACCAGGAGGAUCCUAAGAACCUCUUUGCGGAUCUUAAUCCAUUCCAAAUAAAAGGACCUGGAAAAAACUCUGUGUAUAACAAACCGGCAGAGAGUAAAGUUGAUGAGCUUCAAAGAGCAAGGAAUAAGAUUGUCCCUGGCCGACCUCCUGUACCACUGAUGUGGAAAAGUCGUUAUACUUGCAAUGAAAUACCUAAGAAAGAGAGUGAUUAUUCGGAGAAUAUCUUUUCAAGAAUUAACCGUGAACCUAAUGAUAAUAAUAUUUCAUCAUUAGCUUCCACCAGCAGUUCAUCUGAAAAGGUCAAUAAUGACGGUUUUAAGUCAUCUGGUAAUACAAGUACAUCCAGUAAGGACAACUAUGAUGAAAAGAAUUCUGCGUUCAAUUCAAGUUCAUUGUCGGCAGCACAAACAAGUGAAUUUGAAACGGUGACUUCAGGAGAUGAUCGAAACACUAGUUUUGUGGAAGGAAAACCCAGGGAUUCGAAGGAUUUGCAGACUGAUUGGAUAUAUGUGAACAAAGAAGGUGAAAGCAAUGAAAAUGUCUUAAAUAACCGUAGAAAAGGCACACAUGACAGAUUCAUGGAUACCAAUCUGAAAUUGAAGGCCCCGGAAGGUCCUUCCGCAACAGCUAAUUCUGCCAGAAAUAGGAUGGAUCAAGUAUUUGAUGAUGUAGAUGUAGGUGAAUGUGAAAUUCCAUGGGAGGAUCUAGUUAUUGGUGAAAGGAUUGGUCUAGGUUCAUAUGGGGAAGUAUACCAUGCAGAUUGGAAUGGAACAGAGGUAGCUGUAAAGAAGUUUUUGGACCAAGAUUUCUCAGGCGCUGCUUUGGACGAGUUUAAAAGAGAAGUACGAAUUAUGCGUAGGUUACGGCAUCCAAAUGUUGUUCUUUUUAUGGGUGCUGUUACUCGACCACCAAACCUAUCUAUUAUUACUGAGUUUCUUCCAAGAGGAAGCUUAUAUCGGAUUAUCCACCGUCCUCUUUGUCAAAUUGAUGAGAAACGUAGAAUUAAAAUGGCUCUUGAUGUGGCCAGGGGUAUGAAUUGCUUACAUACUAGCAUACCCACAAUUGUUCACCGGGAUUUGAAAUCACCUAAUCUUUUGGUUGAUAAAAACUGGAAUGUGAAGGUUGGUGAUUUUGGACUGUCUCGCUUGAAGCAUAAUACAUUUUUAUCAUCCAAGUCAACUGCAGGAACGCCUGAGUGGAUGGCACCUGAGGUCCUUCGCAAUGAACCCUCAAAUGAAAAGUGCGAUGUAUAUAGCUUUGGAGUGAUUUUGUGGGAGCUUGCUACACUUAGAUUGCCUUGGAGCGGGAUGAACCCCAUGCAAGUUGUCGGUGCUGUUGGUUUUCAGAAUCGUCGCCUGGAAAUCCCCGUGGAAGUUGAUCCUAAGGUUGGAAGAAUAAUCUGGGAAUGUUGGCAGACUGAACCAAACUUGCGUCCCUCAUUUGCAGAGCUCACAGUAGCUCUCAAGCCCUUACAGCGACUUGCUGCUGUACCAUCCAAUCAGGACCAGCCAAGUUCACCUCUACCACAAGAAAUCUCACGAAACCUCUCUCCGGCUGCUGCCGGGAAGCAUGUUAGAUCGGUCCGAUCGGGCCGCUACUAAUGACCUGUCCGAGGAACACCAAAGCAUCAUCCCUAUUGUAUAAGCAUACCAUUGGCAAUAGCGUGCCACAUUAUUAUUACUGGCUCAUGAAGGAAAUCGUCGUUGUGGUGAACUUCGAUUAGUCGCAGUGAUAUUUCUCUAGAUCUAUAGACUUGUUCUUGGACACAUACCCUUCAUGCUAGGAUUUGGUAGUUAAAAACAAAAGGAUGCGAAUGUGAUAAAAGUUCUUGUGGAAUCCAUUUUAUUA